UUAUAAGCUUGCUUCUGUAAUUAGUAUACAGUCAGCCAUGGCUGCAUUGGCUUGCGACAAGAGCUUCUCUAGCGGUCAUUUUCUGUUGAAACCAGAAGAAGUGCGUUUCUUCGAUCUCAUUCGCUUCUUAUUUUCGAGUGACAUAGAGAACAGAAACUUUCUAGACAGCACCGAGGGCAAGGAGGAAAGCUUCCGGCGUAGGUGGCUCAUAUUUGUCUCUAUAUUGGCCCAAAAGUUCCUGCUUUUUGUGGCCAAGCCGCUCGCAGCUAUUGGAUCGGUGAUCGAGAUGUGGCUCAACCUUCUCUCAAGUAACCGCAACCUUGGCGUGCUCUUGCUAAAUCUUAUACGAGGGAGGGUGGUGGCACCGGAUAAAGAAUCACCAAGCUUCUUGUCGUUUAUUGGUAAUUUGGACAAGCGAGUGGAGUUGGACAGUAGCAUCAAGUGUGGAGAUGGCAGGUACAAUGCAGCACUGGCUAUGAUGGCUUCUAAAGCAUCGUAUGAGAACAAGCCCUAUCUCGAAUCUACGGUCAAUGAUCAUUGGAAGAUGGAGUUCUUGGAUUCUUACGACUUCUGGAACGAUUAUCAAGAAAAAGCCACAACACAAGCCUUCAUGCUUCGUGACAAAAACGCUGACCACGAUACCAUUGUUGUGGCCUUUAGAGGUACCGAACCCUUUGAUUCAGAUGCAUGGUGUUCUGACGUUGACAUCUCAUGGUAUGGAAUCCGUGAUAUUGGAAAAAUCCAUGGCGGGUUUAUGAAAGCCCUGGGUUUACAGAAGAAUGUCGGUUGGCCUAAGGAAGCUGCUAAACAAGAUCACGACAACCGCCCAGCUUUAGCUUACUAUGCCAUUAGAGACAGGCUGAAAGAACUUUUGGCAGAAAAUGAUGAAGCAAAGUAUAUAUUGACGGGGCACAGCUUGGGUGGGGCUCUGGCAAUCCUCUUUCCAGCAAUUUUGUUAAUGCACGACGAGAAAUUCUUGUUGGAGAGAUUGGGAGGCGUUUAUACGUUCGGGCAGCCAAGGGUGGGAGAUGAAAGUUUUGGGGAGUUCAUGGAAAAACGUCUCAAGGACUAUAAUAUUCGUUAUUUUAGAUUUGUUUACAGUAAUGAUAUGGUGGCUAGAUUACCCUACGAUGACAAAACACUAAUGUUCAAGCACUUUGGGACGUGCCUCUUCUAUAAUAGAGAAUACAAAGGGAAGAUUGUUGCAGAAGAACCAAACAAGAACUACUUCUCACCACUGGGAGCGAUUCCUAUGAUGAUAAAUGCAUUUUGGGAGCUGAUUAGAAGCUUUACUAUUACGUACACAAAGGGACCGGACUACAGAGAAAGCUCACUCCUCAAGAUAUUUAGGAUAAUUGGUUUAGUAAUGCCAGGAGUACCAGCUCAUUGCCCUCAGGAUUAUGUCAAUGCUACUCGCCUGGGAUCCUCUGACUUAUUCCUCCCACCCAAGGACCCAGAAAACCAACAUCAAAUUACAGUACUGGCCACAGUUUGAGGAGGGAAUGUGUGUAAAUUUAAUUUACUCGCAUGGACUUGGUAUAUAUUGUGAUUGGGUGUGGUUUACUUUGGUUUAUGAGGAUGAUGGCCGGGAUUAUGGAAUUAUACCAAGUACAAGACUUCAUCAGGGAAUUGAAAAUCCCGUGGAAAUUAAUUGUAUAAUUAAUUAGGUAUUUCCAUGCAUUAUAUAUCAUUCUGUGCUCCAUUUAAUUAGAAUCAAUC